AUGCCUACAUUUAAAAUUCAGGGGCAGAUUUACCACAAAAUUGAACCCCUUCUACCCUCUACUAACGAAACACCGCAGUUCCUCCAGGUGUACUAUGUCGGUGACUACGAAACACAGGCGGCACGCCGAAGAACUAUCUCCCCCAGCACAAGUUUUGAAGUAAUUCUUCAACUCCAGGAAACGUUGCACAUGCAUAACUCUUACGUAAAGAUCUUUAAGUAUGCCUUGGAAUUUCCAUCAGUGCCGGACUUCACAGUGGUUCUUGACGCUGAAAAACGGCCGGCAAACGACCAUUCUGGUCGCUACAAUGCGCCCAAUUGCAACGAAAUUGCCAUUGUGCUCGGCGGAGAACAGCACAACCCCAGAAGGAUUGUUCUUUCGUGCUGUGACCAAACUGUAAAGCGCAUCAACGAGACAUACAGAGCAUACGACGCGCUCCAGUAUCCACUUCUUUUUGUGCGCGGAGAAGAUGACUACCACCUGGGUCUUCACCAGCGGGUGCCGAGCAGACGAAACGAAACGAGUACCAAACAAGUUUCGUGCAUGCAGUUCUACUCAUACCGAUUCUUGCUCCGUCACGACUGCACUAACCACCUCCAGCGAUCGUGCGACCUGUUUCACCAAUUUGCUGUCGAUGUUUGUGCAAAAAUGGAAUCUGAGAGGUUAUCCUAUAUCAGGUUUAACCAACAGAAACUUCGAUCAAACAGCUACAUCCAUCUUAGGGAUGGUCUCAGCAAGGACGUAUCACCCGGAGGGUUGGGUCAGGUGCGCAUCUUGCUGUCAUCUUUCACUGGCGGUCCAUGUUACAUGCACGAAAGAACACAAGACGCAAUGACAUACGUCCGCUAUUACGGGCGUCUUGACUUAUUUAUCACCUUCACCUGUAAUCUUAGGUGGUGGGAGGUUGGAAUAGAACUUUUUCAGGGUCAGAAGGCCAAAGACAGACAUGAUCUCAUUGCGCGGGUCUUCCAUUUGAAGAUAAGCAAACUCAUGAACUUCAUCACUAAAGGCCAAAUAUUUGGCCUUUGUGCGAUGCAGAAUGGCAGAAAAGGGAUCUUCCUCCUGCUCAUGUCCUAA